ACAUCGUCAACUACCUAGAGAAUAACCCCACAGCUGCUGAUGGAACACCGUUGCAAAAUUUCACGGACCUGCCGUGGCCCAUAUAUCUGUCUUCAAUGUCACAAAAUGGUACGUUUGGUGACCACAUCACGCUUCAGGCCGCAUCUGAUCUUUACAAUGUGGAGUUCCAAGUUCUUUCAUCUAAUGGACCUGGGUAUACAACCACUAUUUCUCCAAUUGUCGCAAAUCCGCUGUGUACUUUCACCUUGGGGCAUUUUGCAGAGAACGAUGGAGAACACUAUGUUUGCUUAGCAGAGGAAUAUAAGUCGAGUGAAAUAGAUAUUGAGGCUGAGUGUUUCGCAGAUCUUCAAAGUGAUCCUUCUCCAGUGGUUGGUGCACCUUUGUCAUACGACGCAACGCAAGAAACUGAUCAAGGUGGCGAGGAAGAACGAAACGAGGAGAACGAUGAACAUACGUGUGACAAAGAACCAAACCCUGGAAAGGAUGAUCAUGAGCGUGGGAACGGGCUAAAUCCUGGAAACGGUGACCACGCUAGUGAAAACAGACCAAACCCUGGAGACGGUGUUCGUGCGUGUCAAAACAAGCCACACCCUGGAAACGGCGAUCAUACGUGUGAGAACAGGCCACAACUUGAAAACGAUGAUGAUGCGUGUGAAAACAGGCAACACCCUGAAAACGGUAAUCAUGCGUAUGAUCAGGGGUUUAAUCCCACUAACCAACCAAACGCUCUCUCAUCAUCAGCAGGGCCGUAUUUAAACCCCGACGUUCUGGAAGAAAUUAUACGACAAAUAUUACGAAUGUAUCCUUAUACGUGCCCCUCGUUGAGAGCCGUCUCGAGAGUUUUUAAAAAUAUUGUCGACAGAGAGCCACUACCCCAGGUGUACAUCCCAGAACUAAAUGACUUUACAGACUUUCGCCGAGUGAGUGUGCGCAAAAUUAUGCGUUUGAAACGAAAAAAUAGCGGUGCUGUCGUUAGGUUACGGGAGAUAAUUAACUCUGUUCAGUGGGUCAGCGCCUGGCUAAGUUUUAUCGCCGCAGGGUACGGAUGGUUCUUUAUUACACAUAUCUACUGGAAACAAAAAAGCCACUAUUAA